UUCAAUUUUUUCUGUUUUCACCUGAUGACUACUACGCAAAACCACGUCGUUUUGAGAAAAGCAAAACGAGCGUAGAGAAACUUCUGAAACCUCACACCAGCUUUGCCCUCUCACUCACCCGGCACUGAACGCGAUCCAGAGAGAGACACGCCGCUCCUUAACGACGCCGUUUCGUUCGGUGCUGCCGUAUUCGCAAGCAGAGAGAAUCGAUGGAGAAGGGAAAGGGAGUGAUGGGAUCGGGAGGAAGAAGGUGGGCCGUUGACCUCUCCGACAAUUCCACUUCUCGCGAUAUUCCCGAUCCUCCCGGUUUCUCUCGCGCUUCUCUCGACCAGGACGACUCAACGCUUAGUCGCCAGAAGAAGGACGCUGAAUCCAAUUGGAAAGCCCAGAAAGCUUGGGAGGUAGCGCAAGCCCCUUUGAAGAAUUUACUGAUGAUGGGGUUCAUGAUGUGGAUGGCUGGUAGCACAGUCCACUUGUUCAGCAUUGGGAUUACUUUCUCUGCUCUUUGGCAACCCAUUAGAGCCUUGCAGAGUGUCGGAAAGAUUUUUGAGCCCUACAAAGACAAUAAGGUGGAGCUUCUUGGACCUAAGUUGUUAUUUAUAGCCCUUAAUUUGGGUGGCUUUGGCACUGGGGUUUGGAAGGUAAUAUAUGUAGUCAUUUUUUGCCUCAUAGUUGUCGUCUUGAUACUUGUAUUUCAAAAUUUCAAGUAAAUGUAUGUUCCAUUGUUGUUGUCAAACUCUUACACUGUUGUGCGUUUAUGAUCCCUUGAACAAAAACCAGUUAAAUUGCUUGUAAGCUCUUCUGUUUAUAUCUCAUGUUCAGGCAAAAUUGUUACAAAUUUGGAUAACUCUGUUUUACAAGCAAAGUUUUCAAGCCUAGAUUUAUGUGUGGUUUGGCCUCAAAAUGUAUACCUUUGGUUGAUUUUGUUUGAUACUUGGAUUAAAUUGCUUGUGGCUUUUUGGCAUUAUAAUUUUCAAUUGUUUUUCAUUAUUAUGUUAUUCUGAUUGUAAAAACUAACACAAAAUUGUAAUGCCCUGAAAUAUAAUAUAAUAUGGGUCAAGUGUUGAGUUAUGUUUUUACUUUGUUACUUAUGUUUGCUUUUUAUGGAGUUCAAUUGUUUGAUAUUGAUAUGAAUAUGUUAUUGAAUUGCGUUUGAGUAAUAGAAGCUGUCUUUUAUUAACACUUUUGAAGAUUGAUUUGAGUUUACUUACUAGGAUUUCACAAGUUUAUCUAGACUCUCAAGUUUGACAACCUUGAUUUUAUGAAUUUUUUUUUAAUAAUUCUUAUGGAAUCCUGGUGUGCAGCAUCAUAUGCAAUGGGGCUUCUGCCUACACACACAUCAUACUGGGUCCUCAUCCUUGCCACACCCUCUUCAGGUUUUGAUUUCUGUUUUUGAUUACAUCACUUCUUUUUGAGAUGAUUUGAUAAUUACAAAUAGUAGAUAAUAUAUUAUUUGAUAGGAAAUAUCAUACCAAAUAUUUCCCAUUACUAGAUAUUGUGUUGCUUAUUAUUGUAUCUCUUCUUCAUUAUAAAUAAGAUUACUCAUGUGCAGUGUACCCAACACAUGAAAUGUUUUGUAUUCCUUCUCGGUUUUUCUCUUCUCAACAUGAUAUCCGAGUGAUACUGUAUUCCGUGACCUGUUUUUCCACUAAUCCUUUCAAAAACUUACAAAUUUGCGUGUUUUGUUCUAGGCUUUGUAAUAUUUGAGCUCCUCUUCAAACAAUAGUUAAAACCUAGACAUUAUCUUUGCGGGCUCAUCGUAUUAUAAACAAAAAUCCUGAGCAUGUUCUAGCUCCACUUCUGACUAUUCAGUUAGGGAAAUAGAUUGUUUUAACCACUUUGAUGUUUAUCUCCCGAGUUUACAGCAACACGCUUUAGAUGUCUGAAUUUAAUUUGAUAAAAAUCAUCUUGUCAUCAUCUCAUGUGAAAUUGGCGUCCAAUGUUUCUCAAAUUAUGUGAAAAAUAAUGAAUUUCGGUAUUAUGAAGAUGCUUUUAGUGACAAAUUCCAUAUCACAGAGUUUAUACUUCACAACCUGCUUAUUCAGUGCCUAUGGGAUUUUUAUUCGAUAGCCACAUGUGUGUAGCACCUUUUCUUCUUAUAUUUUCCCAUUAUAACUCAAUAAAUCUAUCUUUAUAUUGGAGCACUGCUGCUUACAGCCGUUAUUGCUUCUGGUUCUUGAUUUUUCCUAACUAUAGUCCCUUUCAUACUUUUCAAUUCUAUAAGCUGGAAUUACUCUUGACCUAGUAUUUUUUCUAUACUUUGGUCUCAAAUUUAAAUUCCUGAUCUUCCUAUUUUUAUGGUUUGAGCAACAUUUCUUUCAAAACCAUAAAAGAAAAAAAAAGGCAAUGAUUUAUGUUAGGUAGCCGUACACUUGAAAUUGCACGCUCAUUGGUAAUUCAAAUCUAUUCAUUUUUCAUUUAUUGAACUGAAACUGGUAUCAGAGGUGGCAAAAGAAUCCUUGUAAGUCAUUCUAUGGUAUUGAUGUCAUAGUAAAUAUAGAAGAAUGUGUAAAAGAAACAUAGUAAGAGUUAGUGCAUUGGUGUUAGAUUCUAACCAAAACAAAACAUAUUCUUUAAAUUUUCUUUGUAGUGUAAACAAGAUACUGUGAAGGUUGAUUUUAAAAAUAAUUCUACAACUGAUUUUCACAGAAAAAGAAGAAAACAUCUAUAAUUUGGUGAGUUCUCCUGUUUUUUUUGGUCAUUUAAAGAUCUGAAUGAUUGGUUGUCAUUUUGCGUAACUUAUGAGGCCGUAACUAUCGCUUAUAGCUUAUUGAGUGUCUCCUACUUUUUUUUUUAAUUUCAGGAGGUGGAGUUUUUCAGGUGGUGGGUGGUAAUUUGGGUUGAGUCCGAUUUCUUUUCAUGCCCACCUUGUCUUGGAGGCACUUUGAGUAACAUUGAUACGGAUUCAAGGCUUAAAACAGCAAAUUCUAAUGUUAUGAUGGACCACUGAGGCAUGACUUGUUUCCAUUUUAAAAUUUGUUAGAUAGCAAUCUUAAAGUUGAAAGAGUUUGUAUAGUAGACCGGGGGUGCUCCAAAAUAUCAAGAACCGUUCUGUUUAUUUAGAUUCUAAUAAUUUGCGCAUUAUAAUUGUCUACACGCUCUUUCCCAUCAGGUUGGAAUAUAACAGAAAAGUGAUGUAGAACAAUCUCCCUCUAUUUACAUAAGCAUAGUUAAAUGAUU